CCCACCACCACCUCCUUCCCACCUCUUCCCACUAACCAUCCAACAUGUCGCUCCCCAAGUUCGACAGCCAGAUCCACACGGUACUCAAGCGCGUCGCCGCGCACGCGAAGAACCGCCCGCCGUUCGUGCUCGCCGACCAUCUGGCGGUCGGGCGCUUCGGCCCCGAAACCCUCGCAAUGGUCAAGGACCGCAAGGUGACCUAUGUCGACAACCCCGCGACGGGGUGGGUGCUCGACAGCUUCAAGGUGCUCGCGCCGAGCACUGACGACGCGGACAAGCGCGCCAAGCGCGCGAGCAAGGUCCUCGAGGAGCUGCGCAAGGCGGCCGCGGGGGCCGAGGUGCCGCAUGAGCUUGAGGAGCAGAGAGGCAAGAUUGCCGAGCGGAUAGACAAGCGCCGAGCCUCCGGCCUGAACCCGGACCAAGCCACCUGGUUUGAGCACUUCCGCUCCGAGUGGGCGAACAAGCAGCUGAUCGACGCCGAGGCGAAUGUCGACUUUGACGGGUAUCCCGACAGCCCGGCGUCCCCCUCGCCAAAGCGCUACCUCAACUCGUUCUUGUCGCUCAUCGACGCGCUGCCCGACGGCGCAGAGGUGGUCCUGCUCUCCGGCUCGCCGAGCGUGCUUAACCACGUGUUCAAGUUCACCGAGAACGAGGGGCACGUGCAUACUGUGCUUGUGGACAAGGACGCGGGCGUGGUCGAGUACGAGGCGGAUGCGUAGGCGUAGGGCUGGUCGGUCAUGUUCGUUGUAUGAAGUUGUCUGUCUGUCU